AAAAUAACGUAGGAAGAAAAAUUUUAGUUUCUUUAUUUAAAUAUAUUUUUAAUAACGUUUUUUAUACACUGUAAGCAGAACAUAAAUGACUUCUGUGGAUGCAAUUAAUGUUUUUUCUUUCUUUUGUUUUUUCUUGCAUUUUCAAAACCAACCUCCAAAAGUGUCCAACCUCCAUUAAGAAACAGAGUGGUUGCUCCAGAAAAUUUUCACUACUAAUAAUAAAUUUUUAAAAUGAUUAAUUUAUUGAUUAUUUAAGAACUCACAAACACUCACUGUUUAAAUGCUAUAGCUCUUUGUUUCUUUUCAGGUCUCGCACAAGAAUUUCUAGCAAUAUUAAAUGCAAGUCCAGACAACUUUAGACGAAGAUUCAUGCUCGGUCAAAAAAAAAGCAGCUGUCUUGGUGCCGUUGCAGGGAAAGUUGGUUUUCCUUCAGAUGUGAAGAAGGAGCAAGUAACCAACAUGUGCGUCGAAGAGCUCCGAAUGCCAACAGAACCUAAGCAGCCCAUAUCCCUGGAUGCCUGUCAGCAGAAGAGAGAAGAGAGGAAAGUCUUGCCCACACCUCUGCCACCUUUUGCUACACAACCUCAAGCUCUUGUCUCCAAAGAAGUGUCAGGGCAAUGUUUUGCAACCACUAUAAAAGAGUCCAAUCAAGAACUUCAGACAAAGCAAAAUGUCAACGAAAUGGCCAAGCCCAUCUUGGUGAAGAUACCCAGGAAUCUCAUCACCCGCCUCCCACAAAAUCAUCCACAGCAGCUUUCUAAACAUUCUCCCAUUUGGGUAAAUAUAUCAAAGGACCUCAUUAGCCACCUCCCAGAGCCCAAAGCACAGGUUACAGAAAACCAGACAUCUCUCAAGUCAUUCCACGACAAAAUGAAUGGAUCUUGCAAGAGGACCCACAGUUUGGAAGAAGGAGAAAUCUAUCGAGAGGGGAGUGCCAAGAAGUUUAGACCAGACCCUUCUCAUAAACAAGAUCCCCUCUACAAAAAUGAAAAUACGCCACCUGAAGAGUUGACGCUCGAUUCCAGGAUGAGAUGCCAUUGACAGCCUUCCCUUGAAAGACACUUAGAAAACUUGAGAAGAAAACUUUUUCCAAACAUCUUUUGGAAAAGGGUAGCCCCUUCUGUUUCACUCCGUGAAAGCAGUAAUAAAAAAGAGGUAUAUUUCAAUGCCUGGUGAUCGCAAAGAUGGGCCAAAAAGUUCCUGCGACAAGAUGAGGUGAAGGCCAAAUCAAAAGAACAGCACCUUUGUUUUUCCCUCCAUGCUCUCGAUGAAAAGCUGAUUCGAUGAGUCAUAUGGUGAAGUUGUGUAAAGAGAUUUUGUCGGAUACUUAGCAUAAAUACACCCAAAGCAUGUUGCAAAUUUACUCAUCAACAGUAAAAGUUCUAGCAUUUCUUUUUUGUAAUUUUAAGUUUUUGUGUUUUGUAAUUUUAAGUUAUGUAUCAAAAUGUAAGCUAUUCAAAUAAAAUUGUUGUUGUUUAAAAUGUAAAUGUUUGUGGAAAUAUAAACUUCGUUAGUGGACUUAGGAGAAAUA